GGUGGGGAGUCGAGGCAGCCAGCCCAGAACCGUCCAGCCCUGGGGAGACACAGGAGUGUCCUCACCUCCGCCUGUCCUGGGAGGUGGCGAACUCUGAGGGGACUGGGCAGCCGGAGAGUGAACUCUCUGCAGGGCCACCAAGUAGGGAAAGUUCAGGCAGGGACUGAGGAAUGUGGGGGGCGGGGGCCUGGCCUGGCCUGGUGGCGGCUGGAGCCAGCGGCAAGUAGCAGGGCCGGAGUCCCGGCUGUCUGAGGAUAGCAGGGGAACCCCUGAGUCAGGGAGAACUGGCCAAGACCCAGCAGGGGGCAGGAGGCAAAACGCAGCAGCGGGAGAGAGGAGGCGCCCACGUCCUCCCCUGCUGAGGCCAUGUCCCUGCCUGGGGUACAUGGGAGGAGGCCUGGGACCCUGGGGCCUCCCGUGCGCAGCAUCCGGCCCUUUAAGUCCAGCGAGCAGUACCUGGAAGCCAUGAAGGAGGACCUGGCUGAGUGGCUUCGGGAUCUCUACGGGCUGGAUAUCGACGCGGCCAACUUCCUGCAGGUGCUGGAGACCGGCCUGGUGCUGUGCCGGCACGCCAACACCAUCACCGAGGCUGCUCUGGCCUUCCUGGCUGAGGCACCUGCCCGAGCCCAGAGGAUUCCCCUGCCCCAGGCUGGGGUCUCCUACAAUGGGGCCGCCCAGCCGGGCACCUUCCAGGCCCGGGACAACAUCUCCAACUUCAUCCAGUGGUGUCGCAAGGAGAUGGGUAUCCAAGAGGUGCUGAUGUUCGAGACGGAGGACCUGGUGCUGCGCAAGAACGUGAAGAACGUGCUGCUGUGUCUGCUGGAGCUGGGCCGCCGGGCCUGGCGCUUCGGCGUGGCGGCGCCCACCCUCGUGCAGCUGGAGGAGGAGAUCGACGAGCAGCUGCGGCAGGAGCUGGCCCUGCCCGCGCCGGACCCCCCGCCGCCCGAGCCCCCGGUGCGCCGGCCCUGCCACUUCCGCAACCUGGACCAGCUGGUUCAGAGCCUCGUGAGCCACUGCACAUGCCCGGUUCAGUUCUCCAUGGUCAAAGUGUCCGAGGGAAAGUACCGCGUGGGGGACUCCAACACCCUCAUCUUCAUCAGGAUCCUCCGGAACCACGUGAUGGUGCGUGUGGGGGGCGGCUGGGACACACUCAGCCAUUAUCUGGACAAACAUGACCCCUGCCGGUGCACAUCCCUCUCACACAAGCCAGGCAGCUUCCUGAAGCCCCCCAUUCCACCGGUGCAGCACGAAGUGAGGGUACAGGAUGAACCCUCCAAGCGACAGCCUACGAUGACCAUCAGCCGCUCCCAGAGCCCACUGCCCUCUGUGGACUGGAAGACAUACACGUCUUCAGGCCGAAAGCUGAGGCCCCCCGUCUCAUCCUCCCCCAGCCCCCGCAGUGACGGAGGAGCAGGGGCAGGGGUCCUCAGAGAGACAGCAUCAUUCCUGAGGUGCCAGGAGAAGUCAUUGACCCCAUCUUGGAGGCAGCUGCCAGCUGGGGACAGCCCACCCAGCCCCCAAUCCUCACCCACCCACAGGACCCGAGACCCACGGUGCACCUCCUCGGGGAAAAGGGGGGACAGAGACCCACCAGAACUCCUCAGGGGAAGGACUCCCACAUCUUGGGUUCAUGAGGAGACAGAUAACUGGGGAACCCAUGCCAGAGCCCCCACCCCCCAGAGACUCCAAGCCCCUGAGGCCACCGCCAAAGGGACACCAGCAAGAGCACCAUCUCCCCUGCCUCGUUACUCCAGCCCUGCUAAGCCCAUGGGCCCCAGGCAACCACCCCGGGGUGAAGCCGAGGGUGCUUCCUCCCAGCUCAGAGAGCCAGCAUCUGCCUGUUCUCCAUCCCCUGUUAAAGGACCCAGCAAGAUCCCCAUCUGGCUGCCCCCUGCCCGCCCCCCAACUCCAGGAAGAAGCUUUCCAGGUACUGCAAAUGGAGGUUCCACGACAGAAGUGGGGAGAAACCCUAUCCCAUUAAGGGCCGUCACUGGGCACCUGGCUGGGCCCAGACAUGGGGACUGCUCUGUGGAAGAGAGGCAAGGGGACCAGAAGCCAGACAUCCCAGUGACAGCAGGGUCUCCAGAGCUGCAGGGCCUGGGCCCACAGGGGCAGGAAGGGCAGUACACACCCCUGCCCCUGGGCGGGAGCAAGGAGCAAGGCAUCUAUCACAGCCUGGAGGAGGAGAUUUUGGCCAACAUGAAGCUGUUAGAGGUGGGGGGUGCCCACCCCUGGGGGCCAGGGUCCGGGGCCAUCCCUCGUAGUGGAGUCUAUGUCCCCAGCCUGGGUGGGCGGUGGCCUGCACCUGGGGGUCCUUAUGACAAAGUCAUCCAAGAACUGGCUCAGGGCCCCCCACCACUCCUUAAAGUGGACCUGAGAGCCUGGAAGGCAGCACCUCUAGGCUCCCCUAACCCAGCUGUUACCAUAGGCCCAGGAAGUCCAAAAGGGAAACUGGGAGCUCAAGAGAGUGGGCCCAGGACUAAGGCAAACCUGAGUUCCAAGGGUACCAGGAUGAGGAAGGUCCCAGCUCAAGGAGGGCAGAACUGCUCAGCCCCUACAGUGUCUGUCAGCAGGGAGGCCCCUACACCUUUGCCCUCAGGCCCCAAUACUGACAAAGCCAAGGCAUGUCCUGGCAAGGGCAAGAGAACACUCCGGAAGCCCCAGAGAGUCCCAUCCAUCUACAAGCUGAAGCUGAGGCCCAGGAUCCCACCCCGGAGAGACCACAGGCCUGAGAAGCAGCCUUCACGAAUCCCCAAGCCACUGGCCUACCUCCGCCUGGGUCCAGCCAGGGUGCCCCCCCGGGGCAGACUGACAAGAGCAGGGCUGGGCAGAAAGGGAGGGGAGGCAGCCCUGGUGGAUGGAGCCAGGGCUGGGGAGAAGGAGGAGGAAGGAAAAGAGGGGAAAGAGCCAGUGGCCCCACUGGAGAGUAGCCUCCAGCCUUUGGAGGGUCUGGGGCCUCAGCAGCUUGACCCAGCUCCACUCCCACCUGAGGAGUCCUGGGUCUGAGGAGGGGCUUCUCAUCUCCUCACCUGUGGGUUUGGGAAGGAGGGAAGUGAAAAGAAUGCACAUGUAUCCAUUGGAUUCCCAGCUGCAGGAGUGGAAGGGAAAGUGCCUCACCUCAGUACAGGCCUUGGCCAGGAGAGGUGGGAUGACAAAUACAGACUCAAUCCGCUCAGUUGAACAAAGGGCCAGCCCAUCACUCCCACUCCGACUCCAGAGUUAGGCUAGGGGCGGUGGGGCCAUCCUGUACCUUACUGCCCUCCCCAGAACAGCUCUCCAGACUCCUUUCCUCUGACCUCUGGCCAUGUCCACCAUUUCCACAACUCAUAAGUUAUUAAACAUGUGUGGGUCUGUCCUUGA